CCAAAACUCCAACGAAUUUACUGCAAAUCCUCAACCCCAUAUAAUCUUCUCCCUUACGACUCAAUUCAAACUCAUUGGUAUUUCCUGUUUCCAAAGUAUUCUUUCAAAGCAAAAUAAAGCGGAAGGACAAGUUCUUGGAGCUGUGGGAUUCUCUGAUUGAUUCAGAGAAUUCAAAGCAGCCGCUUUGAUUGAUUGGAACAAAAUCGGAGUUAAUGGGUGUUGGUUUCCGUGGCUUGUGGGCUCUAAGCCUCUGCUUUUCCUUUUGGAAAAUCAAAAGAUUUUGGAGUGUCUUCAGGCAAUAUGAGGAGUAAGAAUAGGAUUGGAAAGCGGAGGGGCAGAGAACUUGGGCGGAAACUUGGCAAGAUUGUGAAGUGUAUCUGCUCCGGGGAGCAGUUUAGCGCAGUAGAUGAAAUGGCUCCUUCAUCAGAGUCACUUGCAAUCAAGAAUUAUUCAGAAAGUGCGGAUUCUUUAAAAGCUGUUGAGGUUGAAAAGAAGCUGGAUACUGGGAACAUAGAGGAAGCUGAGUCAUCUCUGCGUGAGAGUGGUUGUUUGAAUUAUGAGGAAGCAAGAGCAUUAUUAGGAAGAUAUGAGUAUCAAAAAGGCAAUAUAGAAGCUGCAUUACAUGUAUUUGAAGGAAUAGAUAUUGCUGUGGUAACUCCUAAGAUAAAAGUCGCCCUUUCUAGAAAAGGUGAACAUCAUAAGAGGCGUUCUCAAAAUUUUGCUAACCCACCUAUGUCUAUACAUGCUGUCAGCUUACUCUUGGAAGCAAUCUUUCUCAAAGCAAAAUCAUUGCAGGGUCUUGGGAGAUUUAAAGAAGCUGCUCAAUCUUGCAAAGUUAUUCUGGACAUAGUUGAGUCCUCAUUACCUGGAGGCUUGCCUGAAAACUUUGGUGCUGAUUGUAAAUUGCAGGAGACUCUAAACAAAGCUGUUGAGUUGCUUCCAGAAUUAUGGAAACUUGCUGAUUCUCCACAUGAAGCAAUCUUGUCAUACCGACAGGCGCUCCUGCAUCAUUGGAAUCUUGACGCAGUAAUAGCAGCAAAGAUCCAAAAAGAGUUUGCCAUAUUUCUUCUGUACAGUGGAGGUGAAGCAAGUCCUCCAAAUCUCCGCUCCCAAAUGGACAGUUCAUUCAUACCCAGGAAUAAUAUAGAAGAGGCUAUACUUCUAUUGAUGAUACUAUUAAGAAAAGUUUCCCUCAAGAGAAUUGAGUGGGAUCCAUCAAUCCUGGAUCACCUUUCAUUUGCUCUAUCUGUGGCAGGGGAUUUGAGGGCUUUAGCUAAUCAAGUAGAAGAACUGCCUCCUGGAAUCAUCAAUCGGAAAGAUAGGUACCAUACUCUAGCUCUGUGUUACUGUGGAGCAGGGGAGGACUUGGUUGCUAUUAAUCUACUUAGAAAAUUGUUGAAUGGCAGUGAGGAUCCAAAAUGUCUUCCAGCUCUAUUAUUGGCAUCAAAGAUUUGUGGGGAAAACCCGAAUCUUGCUGAGGAAGGGAUAAGUUUUGCUUGCAGAGCCUUGGAAAGUUUGGGUUGUGGAUGCAAUCAAUUGGAAAGUAUUGCCAAUUUUCUAUUGGGUGUCUCACUUUCAGCGCAUUCAAAAUCAGCUGUUGCUGAUUCAGACAGGGCCUCGAGGCAGUCUGAGACAGUUCAGGCCCUUGAAACUGCUGGGAAAAUGACAAGAUUGAAUGACCCCAAUAUUCUUUACCAUCUCAGCCUAGAAAAUGCUGACCAGAGGAAGUUAGAUGCUGCGCUUUAUUAUGCAAAGCGCUUGCUGAUAUUGGAAGGUAGCUGUAAUGUUCAUGGGUGGUUAUUAUUGGCCCGGAUAUUGUCAGCUAAGAAACAGUUUAUUGAGGCGGAAACUGUCAUUAAUGCUGCACUGGAUGAGACUGGAAAAUGGGAUCAGGGAGAGCUGUUGCGGACUAAAGCUAAACUUCAAAUUGCACAGGGUCAGUUAAAAAUUGCCAUUGACACUUAUACUCAGCUUCUUGCCAUUCUUCAAGUUCAGCGCAAAAGCUUUGGUUCUGGGAAGAAACUUAUCAAGAGCAGCAAAACUCCUGCUAAGAGUUUGGAAGUGGAAGUAUGGCAUGAUCUUGCUUAUCUCUACAUAAGCCUGUCACAAUGGCAUGAUGCUGAGAUUUGUCUUUCAAAAUCUAAGGCCAUCUGUUCUUACUCUGCUUCUAGAUGCCAUGCCACAGGUGUGCUUUAUGAAGGAAAGGGACUUUACAAAGAAGCUCUAAAAGCUUUUGCGGAUGCUUUGGAAAUUGAUCCCACCCAUGUCCCAAGCUUGAUCUCCGUAGCUGUGGUUCUCAGGCAGCUCGGUAAUCCAUCACAUGCAGUUGUGAGAAGCUUUCUGAUGAAUGCACUACAACUUGACAGAAUGAAUCAUUCUGCAUGGUAUAAUCUCGGUUUACUCUAUAAAGCUGAGGGCACUGCAUCAUCGUUACUAGAAGCUACUGAAUAUUUUGAGGCUGCCACUCUUCUUGAGGAGUCUGCCCCAAUUGAACCCUUCCGAUGACAUGACGGUUUCAUGUAAAACAUUUCAUCUCUGUAAACCCCAGAAUCCUCUCCUCUCCCACCAUUGUCUUCUCAUAUGAAUCUUCACUUGCUAGUGAAAGCCAAUAAAAAGAAAGUUCAUCUGAUCUGGUUGA